AUGACCGUCCUCCAGCGCUUCCUCGCGUGCGUUCAGCUGCUCUGUGUUUGCCGUCUGGAUUGGGCCAAUGGAUAUUACAGACAACAGAGAAAACUCGUUGAAGAGAUUGGUUGGUCCUAUACAGGAGCACUGAAUCAAAAAAAUUGGGGAAAGAAAUAUCCAAUGUGCAACAGCCCUAAACAAUCUCCUAUCAAUAUUGAUGAAGAUCUUACACAAGUAAAUGUGAAUCUUAAAAAGCUUAAAUUUCAGGGUUGGGAUAAAAUGUCUUUGGAAAACACAUUCAUUCAUAACACUGGAAAAACAGUGGAAGUUAAUCUCACAAAUGACUACCACCUCAGUGGGGGAGUUUCUGACACAGUGUUCAAAGCCAGUAAGAUAACAUUUCACUGGGGGAAAUGCAACGCGUCAUCGGAUGGAUCUGAACAUAGUCUAGAAGGACAGAAAUUUCCACUUGAGAUGCAGAUCUACUGCUUUGAUGCGGGCCGAUUUUCCAGUUUUGAGGAAGCAGUUAAAGGAAGAGGGAAAUUAAGAGCUUUGUCCAUUUUAUUUGAGGUUGGAAUGGAAGAUAACCUUGAGUACAAGACGAUUAUUGACGGAGUCGAGAAUGUCAGUCGCUUUGGAAAGCAGGCUGUCUUAGAUCCCUUCAUACUGCUGAAUCUUCUGCCAAACUCAACGGAGAAGUAUUACAGCUACAAUGGUUCCCUGACAUCACCUCCCUGCACAGACACUGUUGAGUGGAUUGUUUUUAAAGAGACAGUGAGCAUCUCAGAAAGCCAGCUGGCUGUGUUCUGUGAAGUUCUUACAAUGCAGCAGUCUGGGUAUGUCAUGUUGAUGGACUACUUGCAAAACAAUUUCCGAGAGCAGCAGUAUAAGUUUUCCAGGCAGGUGUUCUCCUCAUAUACUGGAAAGGAAGAGAUCCAUGAAGCAGUUUGCAGUUCAGAACCAGAAAAUGUGCAGGCUGACCCGGAGAACUACACCAGCCUUCUUGUGACCUGGGAACGACCCCGAGUCGUUUACGACGCCAUGAUCGAGAAGUUUGCAGUGCUCUAUCAGCCGCUGGAAGGAGAUCAGACCAAGCAUGAGGUUUUGACAGAUGGCUAUCAAGACUUGGGUGCUAUUAUCAAUAAUUUACUUCCCAAUAUGAGUUACGUUCUUCAGAUAGUAGCCAUAUGCACUAACGGCUUAUAUGGAAAAUACAGCGACCAGCUGGUUGUGGAUAUGCCUGCUGCCGACGCUGAACUUGAUCUUUUCCCUGAAUUAAUUGGAACCGAAGAGAUAAUCAAGGAAGAAGAAGAUGGAGAAGGAUUUAUUGUGAAUCCUGGUAGAGAUAGUGCAACAAACCAGAUAAGGAAAAAGGAACCCCACGUUUCAACCACAACCCACUACAAUUACAUUGGGACUAAAUCCAAUGAGGCCAAGACUAACCGGUCCCCAACAAGAGGAAGUGAAGCACCUGGAAAGACCGAUAUUCCCAACACGUCUUUAGACUUGACCUCCCAUUCAGAGACCGAAUUAGAAAAGGACAUUUUCUUGACUUCUGAGACUGUGACCAAGCUACCACCCCAAACUGUGGAAGGCACUUUGACUUCUUUAAAUGAUGGUUCUAAAACUGUUGCCAAGUAUCCACAAAUGAACUUGACUGCAACAGCAGAGUCUUCACAUACAGUUUAUGUAACAGAGUAUCCGGAGGUGUCAACCGAUAUUGGCGAGGAAGAGGGUUUACUGACCAGUUUCAAGCAUGAUACUGGAUCCGAUGAUUCUUCAGGCUCCAGUCCUGCAACUUCUGCCAUGCCAUUUGUCUCAGAAAAUAUAUCCCAUGUAUACGUAUUUUCUUCAGAAAACCCAGAGGGAAUCCCAUAUGAUCUCCUUAUACCAGAGUCCACAAGAAAAGCUUCAGAAGAUUCAGUUUCAUCAGGCUCAGAAGAGUCAUUGAAAGAUCUCUCUGUUGAUGGAAAUGAGUGGCUUCCCAGCUCAACAGAUGUGGCCACGCAGCCCGAUAUUGGAUCCGGUAGAGAACAUUUUCCCCAGAAUAAUUACACUGCGAUACACAUCGAUGAACCUGAGACGGCAACAGAGCCCUUUUCUCUGGGACCAGUAGCACCUCGGGGUCCCUCAGUCACAGAUGUGGAAAUGCCAGCUUAUUCUACUUUUGCCUACUUUGCAACAGAGACCACACCUCAUGCUUUUACUCCAUCCUCUGAACAACACGAUUCAGUCCCCACUGUGCAUGUGGUACACUCGCAGACAACUGAACCAGUAUCCAAUGGUGAGACACCUCUUCAACCUUCCUACAGUAGUGAAGUCUUUCCUCUAGCCACCCCUUUGUUGCUUGACAAUCAGAUCCUCAAUACUACCCCUGCUGCUUCAAGUAGUGAUUCGGCCUUGCAUGCUACACCCGUAUUUCCCAGUGUCGAUGUGUCAUUUGAACCCAUCCUGUCUUCCUAUGACGGUGCACCUUUGCUUCCAUUUUCCUCUGCUUCCUUCAGUAGCGAACGGUUCCGCCAUUUGCAUACAGUUUCUCAAACCCUUCCGCAAGUUCCUUCAGCUGCUGCCAGUGAUCAGGUGCCUUUGCAUGCUUCUCUGCCGCUGGCUGUGGGUGAUUUGCUGUUAGAGCCCAGCCUUGCUCAGUACUCUGAUGUGGGGUCACAUCAGACCACUGCUCACGCUGCUUCGGAGACCUUGGAAUCGGGUAGUGAAUCUGGGGUGCCUUAUAAAACGCGCGUGUUUUCUCAAGCUGAACCGUCCAGCAGCGAUAUCAUGAUGCAUGAACCUUCUGCUUUCUCUCAUCACGAGGUUUCCCAACACUUCAGUGGGUCGCACAGUUCUGCAAUUCCCGUGCAUGGUCCUUUUGAUGUAUCUGAUCAGGGUUUUUUGUCGAGCAGCCCUAGCCGUCUGUCAAUACCUAAAUCUUCAAUCACCCCGACUGCAUCAAUACUGCAGCCUACUCAUGCCCUAUCUGGUGACGGGGAGUGGUCUGGAACCUUCUCUGAUAGCGAAUCUCCUUUACCUGACACAGAUGGGCUCACAGCCCUUAAUAUUUCUUCACCUGUUUCUCUAGCUGAAUUUACAUAUUCAACAUCUUUGGUGGGUGAUGACAAUAAGCCUCUUUCUAAAAGUGAAAUAAUAUAUGGAAAUGAGACUGAACUGCAGGAUUCUUCUUUCAGUGACAUGAUUUACCAUUCUAAAAAGACAGCUGUGCCAGAAAUCUCUAUUUUCACGUCUAGCACAGAAGGCAUGCUGCCAGGGUCCCAUGCUUAUACCACCACUAAAGCUUUAGAGCAGGAGAUUAUUCAAGUUCAAUCUACACUUGCUGUAUCUCCAGAAGUUGAUGACACUUCACUUAGACUUGUGCUUAGUGCAAAAUCAGAGCCAGCCUCCUCUGACCCUGCCUCUAGAGACGUGUUACCUCCUUCAACUCAGUUUCUAGUUUAUGAGACCUCAGCUUCUUUUAAUCCUGAAGUAUUGCUGCAACCUUCCUUUCAGGCUUCUGCUGUUGACACCAUACUUAAAAUCGCCCCUCCAACUGUGUCCAGUGAACCAAUACGGGUUGAAUUCCCCGAGGUUGAUAAAAUUGGUUCUACAGUGUUACACCCCAUGGCAUCAGAUUCUGCUUCAAGUGAAAGCAUGUUACACUCCACCUCUGUACCAGUUUUUGAUUUGUCACCUACAUCUCAUAUGUACUCUGCUUCACUUCAAGGCUUAACUGUUUCUUAUGCAAAUGAGAAAUUCUCUCAGCCAGUUUUACUUACAAGUGAAAGUUCCCAACAAAUAAUAUCCUCUUUAUACAGCAAGUACGAGUUGUUGCAAACUACCAAUUUGGAGAGUAACCAGGCCUUUCCCCCAGAGGGAAGCCUUACAUUUGCUGCUACUGUUUUACCAAUGGAUGAGCCUCCAAAUACACUCACAACUAAAUUGGUGUAUCCUGAAGAAGCUUUCAUCUCCACCACAAGCUCAGUUACUGACAGGGUGUCUGUUAGUCUUCCAACAAUGGCUUCUAGCUCACUUGUAUCUAAUGAUCAUUCUCUUCCCUUAGGAAAUGGGCAUGUUUCCACUACAGCUGUUUCUCGCAGUCAAGAAGGUUCUGUAGGUGCAACUGAGUGGCUGUUUCCUUCUAAAGCAACUGUAGGGCAGACUGCCACUGCUAGAGCUGUUGUUGAUUUGGUGGGUGGAGAUGAGGGUGGUGACAUUGAUGACGAGUAUGGUGACGAUGAUGAAUAUGAUGACAAAGAUAUUGAUGGCUUCUCCAUAAAUAAGUGUAUGUCAUGUUCAACCUAUAGAGAAUCGCAGGAAAAGGUCAUGAAUGAAUCAGAUGCCCAGGAGAACAGCCCUUUGGACCAGAAUAACCAACAAUCAUACUUGCAACCUCCAACUUCUGAAAAAGAAAAUAAAGUCAUGGGGGGAGCCACAGACAGUCAAACUGCUAUGGACAGAAGGCCUGUUAAAUCACUAUCCACAGAUGUGCUGCCUGGAAAGCACAGUGGGAAACACGACUCACACGCUCAGACUGGUAGAACCCUGCUUCCUCUGACUCCAGGAUCUAAAACAUGGGCAGUUGUGUCAAGUGAUGAAGAGAGUGGAUCAGGGCAAGGGGCCUCAGAUAGUUUUAGUGAUAAUGAGACUUCCACAGAUUUCAGUUUUCCAGAUGCUAAUGAAAAAGAAACGGAUGGGGUCCCGGAAGCAGGUGACUCAGAACUAGCUCUGGAAUCUCCACAGCCCUCAGCACCAUCUGUUACUAGCAGGCACUCAGAGGUGUUCAACAUUUCAGAGGCAGAGGCCAGUAAUAGUAGCCAUGAGUCUCGCAUUGGUCUAGCUGAAGGGCUGGAUCCUGAGAAGAAGGCGGUCCUGCCCCUUGUGGUCGUGUCAGCCCUGACCUUUCUCUGUCUAGUGGCUCUUGUGGGUAUUCUCAUCUACUGGAGGAAAUGCUUCCAAACUGCACACUUUUAUUUAGAGGAUAGUGCAUCUCCUCGAGUAAUAUCUACACCUCCAACACCUAUCUUCCCAAUUUCAGAUGAUGUUGGAGCAAUUCCAAUUAAGCACUUCCCAAAACAUGUUGCAGACUUGCGUGCAAGUAAUGGGUUUACUGAAGAAUUUGAGACACUGAAAGAGUUUUACCAGGAAGUGCAGAGCUGUACUGCUGACUUAGGUAUCACAGCAGACAGCUCCAACCACCCAGACAACAAGCACAAGAACCGCUACGUCAACAUUGUUGCCUAUGAUCAUAGCAGGGUUAAGCUUGCACAACUUGCUGAAAAAGAUGGCAAACUGACUGAUUACAUCAAUGCCAAUUAUGUUGAUGGUUACAAUAGACCAAAAGCCUACAUCGCUGCCCAAGGCCCGCUGAAGUCCACGGCUGAAGAUUUCUGGAGAAUGAUAUGGGAACACAACGUGGAAGUGAUCGUCAUGAUAACCAACCUCGUGGAGAAGGGAAGGAGGAAGUGUGACCAAUACUGGCCUACUGAUGGUAGUGAAGAAUAUGGGAACUUUCUAGUCAAUCAGAAGAGUGUUCAAGUGCUUGCCUAUUACACUGUGAGGAAUUUUACCCUAAGGAACACAAAGAUUAAAAAGGGCUCCCAGAAAGGAAGACCCAGUGGGCGUGUGGUCACACAAUAUCACUACACUCAGUGGCCUGACAUGGGGGUACCAGAGUACUCACUGCCUGUGCUGACCUUUGUGAGAAAAGCAGCUCAUGCCAAGCGCCAUGCAGUGGGGCCUGUUGUUGUCCAUUGCAGUGCUGGAGUUGGAAGAACAGGCACCUAUAUUGUGCUAGACAGUAUGUUGCAACAGAUUCAACAUGAAGGAACUGUCAACAUAUUUGGCUUCUUAAAACAUAUUCGAUCACAGAGAAAUUAUUUGGUGCAAACAGAGGAACAGUAUGUCUUCAUUCACGAUACGCUGGUGGAGGCCAUCCUGAGUAAAGAAACGGAGGUCCCCGACAGCCACAUUCACGCCUAUGUGAACGCACUCCUCAUUCCAGGACCCACAGGCAGAACAAAACUAGAGAAACAAUUCCAGCUCCUGAGUCAAUCGAAUAUACAGCAGAGUGAUUAUUCUACAGCCCUAAAGCAGUGCAACCGAGAAAAGAACAGAACUUCUUCCAUCAUCCCUGUGGAAAGAUCAAGGGUUGGCAUUUCCUCCCUGAGUGGAGAGGGCACAGAUUACAUCAACGCCUCUUACGUCAUGGGUUAUUAUCAGAGCAAUGAAUUCAUCAUCACUCAACAUCCCCUCCUCCACACUAUCAAGGAUUUCUGGAGAAUGAUAUGGGACCAUAAUGCCCAGCUGGUGGUCAUGAUUCCUGAUGGUCAAAAUAUGGCAGAAGAUGAAUUUGUUUAUUGGCCAAAUAAAGAUGAACCUAUAAAUUGUGAGAGCUUUAAAGUCUCUCUAAUGGCUGAAGAACACAAAUGCCUGUCUAAUGAGGAAAAACUCAUCAUUCAAGACUUCAUCUUAGAAGCUACACAGGAUGAUUAUGUACUUGAAGUGAGGCAUUUUCAGUGUCCCAAAUGGCCAAAUCCAGAUAGUCCAAUCAGUAAAACAUUUGAACUUAUAAGCAUUAUCAAAGAAGAAGCUGCCAACAGGGAUGGACCCAUGAUUGUUCACGAUGAGCAUGGAGGUGUGACAGCAGGAACUUUCUGUGCCCUGACAACACUCAUGCAUCAACUAGAAAAAGAGAGUUCCGUGGAUGUUUACCAGGUGGCCAAGAUGAUCAAUUUGAUGAGGCCAGGAGUCUUUGCCGACGUUGAGCAGUAUCAGUUUCUCUAUAAAGUGGUCCUCAGCCUGGUGAGCACAAGGCAGGAAGAGAACCCCUCCACCUCUUUGGACAGCAAUGGCACAGCACUGCCCGAUGGCAACAUAGCUGAGAGCUUGGAGUCUUUAGUGUAAUCCAGAAGAGGAAGAGAGGAUCCUACAUCUGAGAAAUGCUUCCCCCUUUCCACAAUCAGACAGGAAACUCAAUCCAGCUGUGUUAUCUGUUUACAUCUCAUCACCUGACAGUAACUUUCGUGACAUAGAAAUCUGCCAAAUUUACAUCAUUAACAAUGUGUGCCUUUUUGAAAGACUUCUUGUAAUUCACUUAUUAUGUCUGAACUAAAGUGAUUGAAUUUUACAGUAUUUCUAAGACUGCAAUUAUGGUAUUUUUUCCAUAUUGAUUUUAACAGAAAUUUCAAUUUAUAGAUAUUAGAAAUUCCCAACUACAAAAAAAAAUGUGUUUUUAGUGUCAACUUUUUAGCUGUAAUUGUAGCACUCAUCAGAUUUGCUAGAAAUAUAACUUUUAAUAUAGUACACUGUAAAUAAGCAUUCUGUUCCCUGUGAUAUUCAACACUUGACAACUGCAGUAUUCACCUAAAGCAGAAAUCAUCUGAUACUUACUGUAAAUACUGCACUAAUGUCUCCAUGGACCAAAUUUAUAUUUAUAAUUGUAGAUUCUUAUAUUUUACUACUGAGUUAGUUUCCUAGUUCUGUGUAACUAUUACUUUAACAAUGUAGGUCACUCAACAGGUCUUUUCAAACUGUGUUAUGUUAUGUGACUUGAUUAACUCCAUUUCAGCAUGUAAUUCUAACUUUCGUGACAAAUAGAAUUACAUAUGUUUUGUGAUGUUUUUAUGAGAAUAACACCUUACCAAACAUUCUUUAAAUGAUUUUUAUCCAAGGAAUUGAAUAAAUAUAAAUAU